AUGUCGAGGUUAAGACUUGUACAACAAUUCGGUUAUAGAGACGAGAUAGAGACGCACGUGAAUCAGAAGUCAAGUUUGGCUAAUCAACAGUCACCCAGCUUCAGUGGAGGAGCGGCAACGGGUUUGGAGUCAGACAAAUGGAACCAGAUGGUUGGCCGAUUGGAUAAGUGUUUUGUUGGGAGCUCUCUGUCCAAUAUCUACCAUCUCGCCGUGGCAAGCGUGUUGCGAAAGGUGCACAGCGAGUCGGACAUGAAAUCGCUCGAGAAUGUAGAACGGGCGAACCAAUUCUGCAAUGAAAAGAUCGAAGAUUUACCCAUCUUUCCGUUCGAGGAAGACGAGCCGGGCCGGGAGGAGCCGGAAGAGAUUCCUGUGGUGCUGCGAAAGAAGCGUCGGUCGGCCUCCAAAAAGGGCAAGAAAAGGCACAAUGAUGCGGGUCAGCCGGAAUCGGCACAGGAUAUGUUUCUUCGUUUGAUGAACCUUGCCGCGGGUGGCCAGGACGAGGUGGAUGAGGACGAGGAGGACGAUGAUGCCGACGAGCAGGACUUUGAGCGUACCGGCACAGGGAAUGACGAUGCCGAGGGCGAGUACAGCGAGAACGAAAGCGCCAGUGAGCUGAGCGAGGAGGAGCUGGAAUGUUUGGAGAUGGCAGUAAUGGACGAACGUGCCGAAUCCUCGGUUACGCAGGAACGCCUCGAAGGCCCGGAUGCUUCGUCACACUCUGACGCGGAUCGGGAGCUGUCGAGCGAGGAACUAUUCCAACGGAAGCGGGAAGCACGUUUGCAAAGAAUGGCCGAGCUCAAUUCCAGGUUGGACCGCUACUCGUCACCAACACCUACGGCGUCCCCUUCGGAGGCUCCAGUCCAAACGGAGAGUGGGGAAACGGGCGAGACCUCCCAAUCCAAGACGGAGGAACAGGUAGUGCUGAGUGAAGACGAACAGAAGUAUCUGCAGCGACGGGCCGAACGAUUGGAGCGGCUGGAACGGGAAGCGAAGGAGUUCCGCAGCAGGCUUUCGAAAACGGUCCACCGGGGUACCGAAAUAUCUGCCCAGAUCGAUGAGAUCCACAAUGGCUUCAUGGCCCGCCAAUCGGACUCAUCUCCCGUGCCGGGAUGCUCGGGUGAGGCGCAAUCGAGCAGGGUAGACCUGUCCUGCCUCACCGACAAGGAGCGUGAGUACACAUCGGCCCGGGCCGAGCGACUUGAGCGGCUUGAAAACGAAAGUCAAAAGCUACUGAAGCAAAUGAAUCAAACAAUGCGUCGGGGCAGCAGUUUUACGACGAAGCUGGACAUGUUGCAUACUCGGUACGGUUACCCGGCGGCUAAUGAACCGGAAGCCAAUGUCGAAACCAGUGCCAGACCCGAACAGCAAACGGCAAAUGGCGAUGAACUUGGGCCGGAGGAAACUCCCAAGCCAGAACCUGCAGUGGAGAUGGAAGAAACCGUUCCGCAGGAGCAGGAGGAACAAGAUUAUGCCGUUGGUGGACCUUACGUGCCCAUGGGACCAAUAGAGCUGGUGCUCGUGUCGGACGAGGAAGUAAUGGACGAGGUCAGCAACCUGCUGGAAGGGGAAACGCAACACAGUUUGGAGGAGUCCAACGAAAGCCCUGAGCAAUCUUAG